CCUCGUCCCACAGCCGCCACCCCAAACCCUCUCGCUCCCCCACUGGAUCCCUUCCGUGCCGCCCUGAAAUCUCCUCUCCUCUCAUAUCUGCUCCCGAAUCAAAUCCCCCAUCACCUCCGCCACCCCCACCUACCCCCACCGCCGGCGCGAGCCGCGAGCACGGGAGCGCGAGCGGAUCGAUGGUCGGCGCGGGAUCCUCGUCGGGCGGUGGCGGGGGGAGGGAGGGCGACUGGGACUACGGCGGGUGCGACAACCGCAACUAUGCCUUCCGCUCCCUGUACAACCGCUGCAAGCAGCUGCGCCUCCUCGUCGACCCCAACACCCCGCGUGACUCCAAGUGGCUCCCCCGCGCCGGCGACUGGAUCUGCAACGAUGCAGAUCUCAUCUCCUCUUGUUCUGCGCCGGCCAGACCAUGAACACUUCAAGCGGAAGGAUGCAUGAUGGGCUAGACGACAAGGUGGAGAUCCUGGACACACAGAGGGGCUACCAAACCGGUGCUGCAGCAACAACGACUUCGCAGCCCAUACAGGAGGUGGACUGCAUACAGUGCCUUGUUAAAUACCACCAUUCUACCCUGCUUUGCAUUCGCAUUUUCAUUUGCUGUCUUUUUGCCACCAUAUGACAUCUUUAAAACUGCUAAGAGAUUCAAACUAAGAGGAAGUCGUGUUCAGUUUCGGUUGGCACUAUGAUAUCAAGUUUCAUCAUGUACUGUUGGUGUUGGUUUGAUCAAAUAAACAGGGGAUUUAUUUGCAGUGUUGUUCUGAUGUGCCAGCUCAUACAACAUGCAUUAAGUAUACAGUAUCUUCCAAUUUGAAUCGAACUAGAAGUUAAAUUACUAUUACGUCUCACGUGUGCCUCGGCUGUCAUUUACUCUAUAGAACUAUUAUUAAUUGGCCCUGAUCUGACGCAAUGUUUUCUG